AUGCCGCCGCCAAAAUCCAAGAAGCUCACCGCGCAGCCAAUCCGAACGCGCCAAUUUGCGGGUAAACCCGGCGCCGCCCCCGCCGCAGAGCAGUCCAGCUCCUCCGAGUCCGAGUCCGAGGACGAGCCCCAGCCCAAGCCGAAGCCCUUUGCAAAGCCCAAACCGGCGCCCAUCGCCUCCUCGUUCCCCAGAUCUGCGCCCCGGGCGAAACUCGCCGCGCGGCCGAAACCGGACAUCGAUGAGGACGAGUUCGAGACCGAGAGCGAAGACGGCAAUGCGCAGGGCGAACGCAGCGGGUCCGGCAGCGACGAGAGCUCAAGCAAUGAGGAGUCGGGCUCAUCAGAAGAAGAUGAUGACGAUGACGACGAUGAGAGUAGUGCCGACGAAGCCCCACGCAAACUCGUCCGCCCCGUCUUCAUAAAAAAAAGCGCGCGCACAGCCACCUCGGCGCCAGCACAAACCCCGGAGCAGAUGGCAGCCGCCGACGAGGCGCGCCGCCACGAAGCGACAAAGCAGCUCGUGCAGGCGCAGGUCGAGGCGCGCCUCGCCGAGCGGGCCGCCGCGAAGAAGGACUGGGACGAUGACGUCGAGGACGCAGACAUCAACGCCAUCGACGACGCCGACGGGCUGGACCCCGCCGCCGAGUUCCUCGCGUGGAAGCUGCGUGAACUGCACCGUAUCAAGCGCGAGCGGGUGGCGAUCGAGACGGCCGAGGCGGAACGCGCGGAGGUGGAGCGCCGACAGGCCCUGAGCAAGGAGGAGCGCGACGCCGAGGACGCGGCGCACAUUGCGAAGCAGGCCGAUGAGCGGGACGGCAGGGGGCCCGCGCAGUUUAUGCAAAAGUACUUCCACAAGGGCGCCUUCUUCACCGAUGAGCUCGCCGCGCUCGGCCUCGACAAGCGCAAUCUCAUGGGCGCCCGCUUCGAGGACCAGACGGAUCGCGAGGUGCUGCCCGCGUACAUGCAGAUCCGCGACAUGACUAAGCUGGGCAAGAAGGGCGGCACGCGCUACAAGGACAUGCGCAGCGAGGACACGGGGCGCUGGGGCGACUAUGGCGACGACAGGCCGAAGAGGGGGCAGGAGGAAUAUGGCCUCGAUGAGCGGUUUCGGAGUGAUGCGUACAGGGGCAGCAGAGAGGAGGGGCCCAGUGGAGCGAAUGCGCGGCCGCUGGGGGAGAGGAAGAGAGGCGGCGAUGAGGGCGGCAGGGAGGGCAAGAGGCCGCGCAUCGACGAGCGGGCAUAG